AUGGCUCCUACUGAUCUUCAAGGAGCGCCUGAUUUGAGCUACCGGACGAGUGGCCUUCCAGACGAUGUUGAAAAGUCUUCCAGUGUUCAGAAAGGUGAUGAGUCUGUGAAGGUGGUCACUGCGACACGGACCGACUUCUCGUAUCAUGACACUCGGAAGAUCCUUCGUAAAGUGGAUAUGCAUCUGCUUCCGCUCCUGAUGUUGUCAUACCUGCUCAAGAACCUCGAUGUCAACAUGAUCUCUUACGUCAAGACUAUGAAUUCUGGUCAGCCGACGAACGCUCUGACACAGCUCGGCAUGUCUACGAACGACUGGGCAUGGAAUAGCACUGUUUACACGAUCACCUUCAUGAUAUUCGAACUCCCGUCAAACAUGAUCCUUAAAUGGUCUACGCCUCGUCUUCAUUAUUUCCGCAUUAUCCUGUUCUGGUCUGUUGCGACUGCCUGCCAAGCAGCAGCAAAGAACGCCGGCGGUCUCCUCACUGCCCGAGCUUUCAUGGGCGUCUUCGAAGCUGGCCUGCUGCCAGGCAUCUUCGUCCAGAUGACCAUGUGGUACCGUCCUGACGAACUGUCCUCCUAUGGCCUGGCGUACAUUGACGGGCGCGGCGGACUUUCAGGCUGGCAGUGGGCAUUCGUCAUUGAGGGAAUCCUGGGUGUCUUCAUUUGCGCGGCGAUCUAUAUGUUCCUUCCCGACUACCCCGACUCUCCUCCAUCUUUCCGUCAAUUCCUCACUCCCGAGGAAGGUGCAUUCCUCGUCUCGCGUCUUCCGCCGAAUGCGGCGAGACAGUCAGAUGAGACGUUCUCGUGGAAGGAGUUUUGGGCAGCCUUGAAGGACCCGUUGACUUGGGGAUUCGGGAUGAUGAUGUUGUUCGAGCAGACCGGAACGUCUGGGUACUCUUUCUGGUUGCCUACAAUCAUUGCUGGGUUUGGCUUCACCACGACCGAAAGAGCACAGCUUCUCAACAUCCCACCCGCAAUCGUCUACAUCGUCGCCACGGCUUCCAUGGCGUAUGUCGUCGACAACACCUUCCGCUUCCCCAGACCCGGCUACCAGAUCAUGUCCAUGCUCGCUCUCAUCGGCUUCUUCGUCGGCCUUACCGUCCUCGAUACUACACACAAAGCUGGCCUCUACACGCUCAUCCUUCUCACAUCCAUGCCCCAUGCUGCGUUCCAGGCGAUCAUAUACCCGUGGCGUAGUCAGACCGUGAAGGGGAGUACGUACGUUGCCGUUGCGUUCGCGGUGCAGAACUCGGUCGGGCAGCUGGCCAGUGUGUUCUCGGCGCAGAUCUUCCGCUCGCAAUAUGCUCCAAGAUAUAGAAUUCCUUUCAUUGUCUGCGAGAUAUUCCUUGCUCUCACCAUCGGUGCCGUCGCGUUCACUUGGUACCACUGUAGGGAGACGGAGCGUGAGACACGUCGUAUUGCAGCUGCGAGGCAUGCAGCCGGCAAGCAGACGGGUGAGGUUUUGGAAGAGGAUGUCCAUGUCGGAAGGCUCUAG